CUUUGUUCAUUCACUUGCCACUUCGUGCCAAGGUGUUCCCUUCCUUCCUUUCACCAGCCCAACGUCUCUUCAACAUUCCUCCUCUCAAACCCAGGACUCUCCUUGCCGUCGUCGCCGUUAUCUUGGUCAUGACGCGAGCGAGACAGCUGCACGCCAACUAUCACAAGGCAAAGGCCACCAGCCUGGCCGCCAAGGGGACUUUGCGGCAACGCCGACCCAGAACCAAGGACUCACUCGAUGAGGAAAAGCGCAUCCGACUCUUGGACGAAGCCAUUGUCACAGGAAACAUCGACGCAUUGAGACGGCUCGCUGUUACCGGUCCAGGAUUCGUUAAUGAUGGUAUCCGGAGACGUGCAUGGCCUCUGCUACUGCGAACACAUGUACCAAGAAGGGAACCAAGUAUAGACAAUCAAAUUCCUCAUAAGGAUGAAGAACAGGUCCGACUCGACGUUAUCCGAUCCUUCACACAUCUGGCCACCGAUACGAAGAGUAGGCAGUCGAUCAAGAAACAGAAGCAGGAAGACCUUUUGCAUGUGAUUAUAGAUGUGCUUCGCCGACACCCAAAACUUGCAUACUAUCAAGGCUUUCACGAUGUCUGCACAUGCACGAUAGUGGUGCUCGGCAAAGAAGCGGCCAUGCUUGCCGCAGAGAGUCUGGCUAUGUUCUUUUUUAGGGACUGUAUGCUGGAUAAUUUGGAGCCAGUGCUGGAUCAACUUUCGCUCAUGACCGCCUUGCUCAAACUUGAGGAUCCAGAAGUACAAGAAUUCCUUGACAAAUCAAAUACUCUCCCGUUCUUCCCGCUGAGCUGGGUUAUCACAUGGUGCUCCCACGAUCUACAAGACUUUGGAAAGAUUGCCCGCAUAUACGAUUUUUUGCUAUGCUUCAACCCUCUCAUGUCGGUGUACUUUACCGCGGCUGUGGUCAUGUCUCGGCGGGAUGAGCUUUUUGAAGUCGAGUGCGACAAUGCCAUGGUUCAUACGUUUUUGACAAAGUUUCCGCAAAGUGUAGACUUGGAGAAGGUGAUAUCGCAUGCACACCAGCUCUAUAUGACCUACCCACCUGAAAUUCUUCAAAAUCGCGCCAGCAGUUGGCUGGAUGAGAACUCAUGCGUGAAUACGUUCAACAAGCCUGGGACAUGUCUAUACGACGACGACGAAAAGGCGUCUUCGAUCCCUGUUGAUUUUGGUCCGAUCGACGAAUUAUUGAGCAAACCUCGCAUUAAGAGGACCAAGGAAACGUCAGCUCUAUCAAAGUAUCCUCAGGGCGCAUUGCAACUGUAUCGUCACAACAUGGUCGCAAUGGUUGCCCUCUCAGCUGCGUCCAUGGGUACAGCAGCCCUGCUUCUCCUGAACUCGGCCCUAUUCAGAGAAUGGCUGAACAACGCGGGCCUUCGCUAAAACCCACUUUGCUAAAUAAACGAUUGCCACGACCACAAACAAGAGAAACAUUGAAUUACAU